CCGCCCGCCGCCCCGCCGGCCUGGAGGUGGCGGCCCCGAUGUGGGCGGCCGGACGCUGGGGGCCUGGCUCGCCGCCUCCGUCCUCUCGCGCCGCGGCCGUGCUGGGGGCGGGCGGCUGGGGGCAGGGCCCGCCGAGCCGCAGCGACUCCACGCUGUCGCUCCUGUCGCCCCUCGGCCACCAGAGCUGCCCGCUGGACUCGGACGACGGCGACGCGGAGGAUGGGGCCGGCGCGGAGGCGGAGGCGGGGGUGCAGGUGGAGCUGGAGGUGGAGGUGGCCGCCCUGCGAGGCCUGCGGUUCCGCGGGAGCGCCAGUGUGGUUGAAUCAGAAGAUAAUCAAGAAGAACAGAAACAGGUGCACCUACCAGAGAGCCGCCUGACACCAUGGGAAGUGUGGUUUGUUGGCAAAGAAAAAGAAGAACGUGACCGUCUGCAACAGAAGGCACUGGAGGUAAAACUAGGCAGAAUCCUUUUUUGCUUAAUUUAUGAGUUCACAUAUUAG